UGAAUCUUUCAUCAUUUCGAUGUUAAUUGCUGCAGCAUUCCUUGAAUGGCUGUGCCUGCCCCCUUCCUGUCUCAAAAGGAUCAUAAAUAUUCCGGCCCAGUACCCCAGGAGCCAUGACAAGCAAAAGAACACACCCGCCUAGAGAUAGCUCUUGUGGUACUUAAAUGUGUGGGUUAAUUUCAUUUUGUUAGCCCACUUUAAUAACUGGAUUUACCCCCACCCCACAAACUUCUUCAUUUUCUAUUUCUGCUCUGAAGCUGUGAGAGGAGAAAUCUCGGCAGGCAAAUUACUCCAGGGUAUUCGUGGGACGGUCCUGUAAGGAACAGUGAAACUCUCAUCAUCUGGAUUCCUGAUCCUUUUCCGACAUGGCAGGUGUGAAUGCCUGUGUAAAAUGUUCUAUGUUUAUCUUCAACUUUAUGUUCUGGCUGUGUGGUGUCGUCAUCCUGGCAACGGCAAUUUGGCUACGAGUAAGCAAAGAUGGUCGAGAGAUUCUCAAUCCUGAGGGCUUAGGCACUAACCCCAAUAUUGCUGCAAAUAUCUUGAUCGCUGUGGGUAGCAUCAUCAUGAUGCUGGGUUUCCUGGGAUGCUGUGGCGCCAUGAAAGAAAACCGCUUCAUACUUGUGUUGUUUCUUAUAGGAUUGCUUCUGGUCCUACUCCUGCAGGUGUCGGCAGGUAUCCUAGCAUUUACUCUCAAAACUAAGACUGAUCAUGUUCUGAAUGAUGGUUCCCAUGCUAACAUGUCGCUUUUGAGCUUAAAAAAUGAAGAUAGAAAAAUGUUCCAGAAAGCCUUUUCUGAAAUUCAAGAAAAGUAUAAAUGCUGUGGUUUGGUCAAUGGAGCUUCUGACUGGGGAAAUAAUUUUCAAUACUAUUACAAGUCAUGUGAAUGUCCAGAUGCAUCAGACUCUUCUUGUACAAGUUAUAGUGGAAAAACUAUUUACAAACAGACAUGCCUUCCUUUGGUAAGAGGCCUUGUUUCUAGACAUUUUUCCUUAGUUACUGGACUAGCGUUUGGACUGGCAGCUGUUGAGAUACUUGCUGUGAUAUUUUCUAUUGUCCUAUAUGGCAACACAAGGAAGAAAUAA